UUCUAAUAAUAAUUCGCAGUGCUUCACCCCUUGAUUACGACUGCUUCUCCUCAUUGGCAGCGCCAUGCGGACCUUGUGGGAAAAGCCUCAUCCUGGACUCUCUCUUUGUGCUCCUUUCUUCUUCUUUUCUUCUUUCCCUUCCAUCUCAUAAAUAAAUCAUGUUGUCCUCCUCAUCCUCGAGAGUGUUUCUCUCUGUCUCUGGGGGGUUGACCAAGUCGAAGUGAAGACAAGAUCAGAAACAUCGCCUCGUUUACAUCACCGCUUCAGCUUUCAGCUUCCCGCUCUCCGCCUCUUUUCCAUUCAUUCCUUCUUCUCUCUUUCCACUCCGCAUCUCUUCCCCAGUAUGGCUGCCAGCAAUGACCUUCGGGGCUGGGUGAUGAGCGGUGUCUCUGGCGUUGCUUGCGUCUUGGGUUCCGCCGUCAUCUGCGCCGAUUUGGUCGUGCGGAGGUUUUCUCGCCAGAAGAACUUCCAGAUCGCCAACAGCAAUGGCUUCUUGUCUGCUUCGCUGUGCCUCAGCGCGGGCGUCAUGCUCUUCACCUCUCUCUAUAGCAUGCUGCCCACCUCCAAACAGUACCUGACUCGAGCCGGUCUUUCUGCCCGCGCAUCGGCAUACACUCUGAUCGGACUCUUUCUGGCUGGUGUUAUUGUCAUUCGCGUCGUGUCCGGGUUUAUCCACGCCCAUAUUCCUUCUCAUGUUGUCGAUUGCGCUCAUACCCACGACGAUCACGACGCGGAGCGGGGGGAGCCCCCCACGUCCGAAGUGGCGGGUUCUCAGCCAGAUACAGUCGGGGGUACAGAGCGCACACCUCUUUUGAAGCGGGCGGCACCACAGUCAUGGAGGUCGGGUCCUGCUGCGACGCGACGGGCGAGAUCAGAAGAUAAUCACAUGGCUGCGGGCCAGCUGCCCAAGGAACCUUUCCGGGCACGCUUGACGCGCCGUCUCAAUCAGCUCAUGGGCGAUGUCAAGCCGCUUUGCGACGAGAAUGGACCAUGUUACGGAUUCUCGCAGACCUGUGGUCGCGAGUGCACCAAGACGGCUUCAUCCAAAGCCCCGACAGUGGAUGGGCAAUCUCGUCGUCCGUCCCUCACGCAACAGAGCGGUGACCACGAAACUGGCACAGUCUCAACUGGAUUGCUUGAACACCACCCCCGAGCAUUCUCUGAGGGCGUGCAGCGAUCAGACUACUUCGACGCCGCUCCCACACCAGAAUUGCACCAUGCGAGUAGCUCUUCGUCGCACUCGGAAUUCCACCAAUAUCAAUCUAAAAGCCAGGGUGAUGAUCUCGAGUCUGCACCUCUCUCGGGCAGCCAGCACCACCACCACGUACCGCAGAAUGCAUUCUUGUCUAUCGGCCUACAGACGUCGCUGGCCAUUGCGCUUCACAAGCUCCCCGAGGGCUUCAUCACCUACGCGACCAACCAUGCCAGCCCCACUCUUGGUUUGACCGUCUUCCUCGCCCUGUUCAUUCACAACAUCAGUGAAGGCUUCGUCAUGGCCCUACCCCUCUACUUGGCCCUCAACUCCCGCUGGAGGGCUAUGUUCUGGUCCAGCUUACUGGGUGGCAUCAGCCAGCCGGCCGGAGCGGGCAUCGCAGCUUUGUGGAUCUGGAGCACCCAGAAGACCGGCGACGAUACCACCAUGGGUCCGUCGUGGGGUGUUUACGGUGGCAUGUUCGCCGCCACCUCCGGGAUCAUGACCUCGGUUGCGCUGCAACUAUUCAGUGAAGGCUUGGGGCUGACACAUAAACGGGGCAUGGGAAUCGGAUUUGCCAUCGCGGGGAUGGGUCUGAUGGGGAUGAGCUUUGCUUUGACAGCAUAAUGCGUUUCACAUACUCUCUCUCUCUCUCUCUCUCUCGCAUGGGCGUUUCUGGGUUGAUGAAUAGACUUUGCGUUGCAUCUGUUUGAUAUGCAUCGUGGGACCGAGUUGGAGUAUCGGACAAGGGGAAAACUAAACAUAGGUUGCAUGAUUAUAUUCCCUAUGACUUACGACGAGCUUUGUUUUGUGUGUUUGUUGGUUC